CAAAAAACUACCACCACACACUCAACCCGCGCGAAUACCGUCUCACACUCCAACACUCCCACCGCCACCAACAAACAUCAAACCACGACAGCAAACGCCAAAUCAAACAAAAGCAAAAAAUAGCUACAUCCAAACUAGACUCCACCUAUACUGA